UAGAAAGAGUCAGUGCUGCGCGGGCCUUCGUGGCGCGAGGACGUGGCCCCCGGCUGUUGCGUGCGCCGGUGGCGAACAAUAUAGUGCGUGCGUGCGUGCGUGCGUGCGUGUCUCUCGUGUCUGACCUUCCACUUUUAUUUCCCUUUUUCUUCCUCUCUUUCUCCUUCUUCACUUUUUCUUUUUUACUCGCCUCGUUAUUAUCGAUUUACGCUCAGAGUGCGUGCCCCGCUAUAAACCGCUUCGCGGAACUUUGGAAACUUUCGCAUUCUCUCGUAUACCCUCUCUUCCGCGUCGCGCGAACUUUUCCCCCGCGUGUAUUUAAUACGUUCCGUUUGUGUACUUUCCUUCCGUUCCUCCCCCGCCGACUCCGAGCGCGCUGGGCAGAUAAUCGGCCGGAUAAUAAUGCGAACCGCGAUUAUGCAUCGGCCCAAGAGGCCUCGAGAACUAUCGACCGUAUAAAUCCGCUUAAAUCUCAUCAUAAUUCGCGCGCCGAGAACAAUCGCCCAUAAAAUAUACUUUUAUAGAUUGAUUUACUGCUCUCUGAAACAAGUAGAUGACGAGGAAACGUGAGGAGAGUGAAGUCUAGCGGCAACUUUCUUAAAAUUCAUGCUUUUUCGUAAAGAAUAAGCGAUUCUAUUCGAGCGAUCGGAGCAACGCGAUCGAAAAUCGAUUAUUCCUGGCCGUUUGCAGUGCGUCGACGGUGUGUCGGAGUAGCAGAAAAACGACAACGAGGACGACGACGACGACGGUGGCGAUAACGAGGACGAGGUAGGCGUCGCGUCACAAGCGCGGCACCCGACGAUACUGCAUCGCGGGGGCGACGCUUUAAUCGCUCAGAAAGAAGGAAAAUCAUGCGUCUCCUGACGGCGACCGGCGCCGAUAUCGUUCCCACACGCAGCAUCACCGAGAAUGUAUCGCUGGACAGCGAUGUUGGCUCGCGUGGAUACGAGAAGUGCGGCGGCAGCAGCAGCAGCAGCAACGGGUGCAACAGCGGAAUCCGCGACGGCGUUGGCUACGCCAGCGGCCAGGACCGCGGCCAAUGGUACAACGGCAACGACAGCAGCGAUAACGGCUACGCUAGCGACGAUUUCUGGGCAUGUACGUCUUCUAUCCGGCGGACGAGCUCCUGCGUAUCUAUGAAAAAAAUCCAAUUAGGCAGUCAUCCGUGUCAUUAGCUAUCAGCAACGCAGCGAUAAACGCCGAUUGCGAGGAGAUAAAUCAGCAGUACUAUCAGCAGCAGCAACAACAAUCGCAGUCGCUUCAACAGCAGCGAAUUGUCGUUGCGAACGACGUUCGCAAGCGUAAGGAGAAAAAGCGAGAGACUAGCCAGACAUCCGCCAGCAGAAGGCAAAUUGUGCGUAACGGCGACAGCGGCGGUAACGCCGGUAAGAAGGAAGGACGACGUAAAGAGGAGCAGCACGCCAGGACUAUGCAAAAUAAUCGUGCCUCCGGCUCCGAAGAAGCCGCCAACCAUCCCCUCAAAGACCUUACGCAGCCGAGUCUCAACGAGCCGCUCAAGCAGCACAAUGGCGUCGCGCUCAAGCUCGUUCAGACAGUGUCCGAAUUCGGCCAGGAGUUGGGCGCCGCGAUGGAGAGCCAUUCGGCGAACGUGCGACGUCUGGUCGAUGAAUUUCGAAGUCGAUCGGGUGACGCGAGAGUCGAUGUCGGCGGUAUGCGACGCGUUUGGGAGAGUUUGUUACGACAGGUCGAGGCGGAUGCGGCUUCUCACCUCGACCUUGCUGCGGUACUGCAGCAACAACUGUCGAGACCCACCUUAGAGGCGAGCUUCCACCGGAAGCUGCAAUCCAGGAAGAUAUUCGCCCAUCGCGACGCUUACGAGCAGGUAGUUAGCAAGACGGAGGAGAAGUUGCAGCGUGCCAGAUUGGAUUACAAGCGCGCCUACGCCGCGUUGCUAACCAACGAGGCCGGCGGCGGUGCCGAGCAGGAAUUGAAGCGUGCUUACUUAGAGUCGCACAACGCCUACAUCCUACAGCUACGCGCCACGAACGCUGUUACCGAGCGCUAUCAGUUCCAUUGUCUGCCGGGGCUGCUGGGCGAGAUUGCGGAGGUCUACGAGGAACUUUGCGGAUUGGCCUGUAAAUGCGUCGCCGGGAUCUCAGACGCGGCCGGAGAGCGGACCGCCGAACAGGCCAAGCGUUAUCAGGCCGUGGCCAAGGAAGCGCAGGCGGUUAUACCGACGAACGAUCUACAGGCCUUGGCGCGAAACCUAUCCGCGAACGCGACACCGCGGAAGCCGCCGCGACGCCUGUACGUCGCGCCAGCACCACCCGAGCAGAUACCAAUGGAAAGAAUCAAUCAACUACCCACACUCAGAGACGAACUGGUACCAACGGGCACCAGCACGCUCCCGCUCAUGGAGGACCUUAAACGCGAGUACGACAGCCUCAGCCAGGAAAUAGGUCGUCUGCAAGACGCUUUGGACGCUCUCGUGCGAAUGCAACGCAAGAGCGCCGAGAGUAAUCUUUACACGAAAGUAGCCGAGCUGCAGGAAGAUAUUUCUCUGAAGCGCCUCGACCUCGGUGUGGCGCAACUGCGUCUAGCUGCGGUGCAAGCACAGAAGGAACUUUUCGGGGGCGGUGAGGCUGGUCAACCGGAUGGGGUGACCAAUCGGAAGAUGUCGAACGGUUCGACCGGAAGUCCCAAGCUAAAAUGGUUGAAGGCGUUCAAGAGCCUAAAGACCAGCUCGCCCACGACACCGCCGCUGUCUGACAAAGGAAAGCAGGCAACCAUGUACCACGCAGUUUCCACCGUCGUCGCCAUGUCCAGGAAGAGCCUCGAUUCCGAGGGUGGGCACACCUGGCGCGAGUACACGUACCGCAAGAUCACGCCGUGCGACGCGUGUGGCCAGGUGCUGCGCGGCCACAGUCGUCAGGGCGUCCGGUGUCGCGGCUGCAAGGCGAACGCGCACACGGACUGCAUCAACAUGGUGCAACCGGCGCUGUGCCCGAGCCUGGCGCCGAAGAAAGGCGGCGGCAUACCGCUUCUACGGCGGCAAAAGACGCAAGUACCCGCCGACGAAGUACCCGCCGACGAGGUGCCGGCUUCAUCCGAGCACAGCGUGGACGCCAUAUACCAGGUGCUGAAGCAGGCAGGCGAGAUCCGUGGAAACUCGACAAACUCACCACCUACGCCUCCCACAGCAGAACAUCCCCCCUCCGGUGCAGCACCUUCGUCAGCGAGGGCCUCCUCCCAUCCCUGUUCCUCGUCCACCUCUGCACCGCAUAGCCCGCAACGUAGACGCGAGAGGUUGAACCUGCGGAUGAAGAGCCUCAGCCUGGACUCGCCGGAAGGCACCGCGCACGUGCGGCACCGUCCGCGGGAUUACUAUGCCGCUGGUCCCAGAGAAACCACACCACCGCGACAUUCUGACAGCGGCAGUAUCAACAGGCUGUCACCCUGCAGCCCGGGUCAAAGCCACGGUAUGCACAAACACGUGCGAAGCGCCAUACGGAUGUCCAGCAUGGAGCUGCCGGACGAUAACGAGAAAUCGUACUCGUCGGCAAGCACGUCACCGUGCCCGUCGCCGCACACCAACAAUCAGAACCAACUAAAUCCACCUGGCAAGCGCGUUCUACCGCCGAACAAUCUGUACGUCGUUCUAUACAACUUCGAAGCACGACAUCCAGACGAACUGGAUCUCAAAGCUGGGUACAAAAUCACAGUCAUCGAUAAAUCCGAGAAGGACUGGUGGAAAGGCAAGUGUCUCGGUGGUCGUAUCGGUUAUUUUCCAAGUGCGUAUGUAAUGCGAGUAGAGUCUGGUCAAAGGACUCUACAGGUCACGCGCAACUUGCAGUUGGCUGAAACCACUCUGCUGCGAGACCAGAUCGUAAUCCAAGUGGGCGAAGAGGUGGACGGGGUGGCGAUGGUGAGAUGCGCGGCGGACGUACGUUCCGCCGAUCACACGGGCAAGGAAGGCGACGUUCUCUACAAGGAGAUCCUCUGUCCCCUCAAGUACCUGCAGGAGGUGUGACAGCAACCUUAUCAUCAUCAAGUUGUACGCGGCGGUAGCGCGAUCGCGAGCAACGAGCGUCGCCGUUGCACCGAUAUGCGCGAUCGUUUCUCGGCACGCCGCCACGUCGCCGAGAAGUACUACGAUUGCCUGCAAUGCGCCGAGCAGUGCCGUCAUGCGGAUAACAGCAACGCCAACGGCAGGAAC